UCAAAAGGUGUGCUACAAGCUGGCGGUUAAUGAAUGUAUUAAGCCGUAAAACAAAGAAGAUGCAAAAUACAGAUUAAUAACACCACCUUUCGUGGAAUAUCGUGGCUGAGAUUCUCUUUACUGUCACAAAAAACCAAAAAUGAAUUUCAAUGCCUAACUACUACUACUACAUGUGUGCUCACUUUUUCUGUGUUCUAACCCAACCUUUCACUUUACCAAAUCUACAAGUGGGUCUAUCGGGUCGGAUCCGAAUUGUACCAAAUGGAUAAAGAGAAGUACUCUGAGGAAUUGAAUGUGGGUGUUAGGGUAGUGCAUAUGGCAUGUGGUUUAUGUCAAAAAGUGCAAAAGGGUUUGUUAUGUAACACAUUUGAUGAUGAUGAUGAGGUUAAGUCUAAGGAUGAUGAUUCUCUUGUUACUAUUGCAGAUUGGAGUGUGCAAGCAACUGUAAGCUGGAUCCUUUCAGAUACUUUUGGUAGCGAAAAUGUCUCCAUAGUAGCUGAAGAAGACGUUCAAACUCUUUCCAAGCCUGAAUCAGCAGGUAUAUUGGGUAAAGUUGUUAGCACUGUCAACGAAUGCUUAGCAGAAGCUUCCAGAUAUGGUCUGAAAAGUCCGGAUAAAUCCCUGGGGCCUUCAGAAAUUCUGGAGGCUAUUAGUCGCUGCAAUUCAAAUGGGGGCCCUCGUGGCAGGCAUUGGGUUCUUGACCCAGUUGAUGGUACACUAGGGUUUGUGCGUGGAGAUCAGUAUGCUGUGGCUCUAGCCUUGAUUGAUAAUGGGGAGGUUGUAGUGGGAGUGCUAGGAUGCCCUAAUUAUCAUAUGAAGAGGGACAGGCAUAAUAAGCAACAGCAAAAUAAUAUUUCAUCAGAAGUUUCAGUGCCCUCACCUGAUACAUUGAAAGACGGAUGUGUGAUGUACACGAAAAAAGGUACUGGUGAAGCUUGGGUGCAGCCAAUGGUUUAUGGUGAUAUGAAAUAUGAAUGGCCAAAUUUUGCCAAACAAGUUUGUGUUUCUCCAAUUGAUGAUCCAGCAUUGGCAACUUUUUGUGAGCCAGUUGAGAGAGCCAAUUCAAACCACUCCUACGCAGCUGGACUUGCUUCCUCUGUUGGGCUUAGAAACAAGCCCCUCCGUGUUUAUAGCAUGGUAAAAUAUGCCGCCAUAGCACAGGGAGAUGCUGAAAUUUUCAUGAAAUUUGCGAGAGCUGGGUACAAAGAGAAGAUUUGGGACCAUGCAGCUGGUGUUCUCAUUGUACAAGAGGCUGGUGGUGUGGUAACUGAUGCAGGAGGGCGUUCACUUGAUUUCUCUAAGGGGAUAUACUUGGAAAGUCUUGAUAGGGGAAUAGUUGUUUGCUCUGGCGUUAAGCUGCAUGAGAAAUUAAUUGGAGCUGUUUAUGCCAGCUGGGAGUCCUCUAGUCUAUGAAUCUCUCUUAUCUGCGAGAAGGACAGUGAUGGACUGCUAUCUAAUUACGUGCUUCCAGGUGGUAAACAUGUGUUCUAUCGUCUUCCAAAUUUAGAUAGGUACUUUUCAGGCGACUAACUUUGACAAAUGGAGCACUAUUGCAAUUGGUUCAUGAGAUACGUGUUUGCUCUGGGAAGACAUAAAAAAAGGCGGACUGGUUUCCCAAGAGACAGGUAAAUCUGAGGCCAAUGUUGCAGAGAAAUGUCUGCUAAAUGGUUAAUUGGUUUUCGGUGAAGCACAAAAAUCUGAGGCUACUAUUUCAGAGAAGAGUUUACUUGUCGUUCUGGGACCGUUGAGGGGAACUUCAUUGCUUCAACGACCAAGUUAAAAGUGCAUAUACGUUCCGCCCUUCUAUUCCCUUCCUUUAAACAAGAUGCAGAAAAAGUCUCUUACUGGAUUCUGAUACUAUUGGUACUUGGUAGACAUAGUUUUAAAAUUGUUUAGAAUGUCUGUUACUCGAUUUGAUUCCUGGGAAAUGUUAACCAUAAAAUAAUCUUUUGUGUAUUCUAUUGACACACAUUUUAAUUUAAUUACCAAAAUACGAGACUUGUAUCAUUUAAGAAAGCCUCUAGAGCUUUGUUCGACUUCUGAGGAAAUGACAAAAAUGGUUCCUUAAGUA